AUGCAGCGAUAUAUCGUGAGGUCUUCUACCUCUUACGUCCCUAGGCUGACUCGAGCUUUCGCCCAAAAGGCUCAGUCCGAAACUAAAGGUGACCAGAAAUUUAAUGUCGCACCGGCAUUCCCAGAUGAUUUUGAGGACUCACCUUUGAAGUCCGAGAUUUUGGAGAAGCGAAACCGGGAUCAGGGGAUGAAGGACUCUGACCACCCCACGGUCUACGAGAUAUACGAAAGUAUCCAAGGAAAACCGCCCCGGCCCCUUAAAAGCACGAAGAAAACAGAUAAACCCGCCGAGAAGAAGCCGGAUCCUGCUGGAGAGGCGCGAGCGCCUGAGCUUGAUGAAUUGUAA